GAACAGUGGGGGCGUGGCCUGGAAGCUACCUGUAACAGGUAGUUUCAGGUUUCCUGCAGCUCUGUUCUCCGUCUGCGGCUCAGAGAUGACUUAGCUCUGCGGAUCAGCAGAUUUCAGCCCCAAACUCUCAAACUUUAUAGUUUAACUUCAGUUUCUUCACCACCUGAUAAUCAGACGUGUUUUACGUUUCCGGAAGCAGCUCAUUCAUCAGCAGAGUCAACGUGAUGCCACAAUGCCUGGAGUAGACUCUCCUUUCUCAGGACACCUGAGAGACACCAUCCCCCAGGCGGAAGACGGCAAUGUUGAACCUGGAGAUGAAGUCAUGGACACGCAGCUGCUCCUGGAUCUGUUUCAACACCCGCUUCUUUCCAGCUCUUCUCCAUUGGAGCUAAAGGGAGAAGAUAAACAAGUGGACGGCAGCUGGAGUGGAGAUGGAGACGUGAAACAAUGUGGGCAGUUGGAGAGGAAAUGGAUGCUCUGGCAUGAGUUCAUGAAGGAACACGACCAACUGGAGGCUUGGCUGCAGCUGGCUGAGCAGGCCAUGACUCCUCUGAACUUCACCCAUGUUACCUACAGCGCUGCCAAGGAAGAGCUGAGGAAGUUUGAGAGGCUGCAAUGUGAGGCGGGACGUCGCCUUGUCCAGCUGGACAGUCUGACCCGGAAGAAUCGGACUCUAACUCGGCUGUUUCAGGGCACCAUGCAGGCUCGGCUGCUAGCGUUGGCGCGGGAAAAUGGCCGACGAUGGGAUGAUCUGAACACCAAGCUGGAAUCCAUCACAGGACGACUGCAGCUCUUUGUCUUGGAGUGGGAGGAGUUUGAAGCAGAGAGGGAGGAGCUUGCACUCUGGUUGGGUAACAUGGACGUCCGUCUGAUGGAGAUAGAGCACCUGACAGGAAAUACCUGUGAAAAGCUGAGGCAGCUGCAGUCUUUCCAGCAGUGUGUGUGUGAGAACUCGAGUCGUGUGAACGCUCUGCUGCAGCGCGGCGAGGCGUUGAUCCAACGCAGCGAGUCAGCUGAUGCUCAGCACGUCGAGAGUGGGCUGCUGGAGCUGCUGCGCCGCUGCAGCCAUGUUUACAGUAACAUCGCCCGGACGCACACUCGUCUUCUCAGCAUGAGACUGGUGUUUGAGGACGACUGGAUUCUGUCUCAGGCUACGGACUCUGGUUGUCCUUCAGAGACUCUGCAGGAAGAAGACGGACUGUUUGACAAACAGAACUUGGACCAUUUUAAAGAUUUUAGACCGGCGUUUAACCCCACACCGGCCUUCUCCUCAGAACAAACUUCACCUCUUCACCAUCCUCCUCCUCCUCCGGCUCCAUCCUCUCCUGUUCAUGAGCAUAUGGGAUUGGAGUGGGACCCCUCGGUGGAUAUUGGGCGGUCGGUUUCCCAUGACGAUGCAGACUCUUCUUAUUUCAGUGCCAGCACAGGUCUGGGUCCCAGAGAUGACCUGAAGAGGUGGAGCUAUUUCAGUUCCCUUGACUCGCGCUCUGACAUCAGCAAUGACAUCACAAACCAGGAAACAGAUGUGGGUCCGGAGGAAUGGCUUGACCACGCCCACCCUGGCUUCUUCUCACCAGUUGCAGCUAACCAGGUGAGGGCUGUGCCGUGCAGGGAACAGUGGAUGACCUCGACUCCUGACAGAGAUGCCGGCGAGCUGAUGAACUUUGAUGGGGGCCGUGUGAAGGCGUGGCUACGAGUCCAGAGCUCUGCCUCCCCCGAAAGGAUGACUACCUGUUCCAAAGCUGUGCAGACCGAUGGACAGGUGAAGCCCUACAAGGAUGGAGCCCUCACCAAUGCAUACAACCAGUUACAUCAUCAUUGCCAUGACAACACCCUGCAGCCUCUUCCUACCUCCUUAAUUUCAUCGUCAUGUGACCUAGAAGAGAAACCUUCAUUUGACUGUGUGACCUAUCGUCAUCAUCAAUCAAAUUUACAGGCUGAAGAGGAGUCGUCCUGCUGUGAAGAAGCCGAGCGUCUCCUCUCUGAACGGAGCAGCCGAGCCUCCUCCCCCUCCCGGCUCUCCCCAGCCUUCCUCUGCCUCCUCCUGGCUGUAGCGGUGGCUCUGCUGGGCAGCCUGAUCUGUGUUGUCAUGGAGCCGCCGUGUCACCGCAGCAACCGGAUGUCACGGAGCCUCCACCUCGCACUGAGAUACGUCAACGGGCCCCCACCUACCUGAGGGCCAGGCAGGCUCCAGAGUCACACCUGCUUCCAGAACCAUCUAGACAGGUCUUCUGCUUUUCAUUUAGAAAUAAACGGAUUUUCCUGAUAGUUGAAGGUUAAAGUUGACCUUUUUUCCCUUUUUUAUAAGAAAAAAAGGUUUAGGGAUCACUCAAAUUCUGGUUUCUUCUUUAGUGGAAACCAGUAACCAUGUGUCAGAAGUUCACUUUAAAAGCAGCAGCUGGAUGCAGACAUGUUGAAGCCAGAGAAGAAGAAUGUUUGAUGCAGAGCUGAUGAACCGUAUGAUGCUGAAAUAAAAGUUCAUCUGUUAAAGCAGCAGCAGUUUGUGGCUGCGGAUGCAGAACUGCUGCUUUAAUGUAGCAUGAACUUUGAUCUAAAUCAAGUUUAAGAAUGCAGUGGGCGUCUAUGUUAAAGUACACC